CCAUUUGUACAGUUGAACGAGUACGCACGGAGCCCCCCCGGCACGAAGUGUGCAGUGACGUCAGUCGGUCAGUGGCACUCGGUCACGGAUUGUUGUGUUGUGCUCCUUGUCUUUCGAAUUUAUUUACAUUUUGUGAAUUUAAUAAUGAAUAUCAAAGAAAAGGAAAAGUACAUCGAGGAGUUUGAUUUUCCGUUUUGCGAUGAAUCUACGAAGUACGAGAAGGUCGCCAAGAUCGGGCAGGGAACGUUUGGAGAGGUGUUCAAAGCACGAGACAAGAAAAACUCGAAAAAAUUCGUAGCCAUGAAGAAAGUACUGAUGGACAAUGAGAAGGAAGGGUUUCCAAUCACUGCAUUGAGAGAGAUCAGAAUUCUCCAGCUGUUGAAGCACGAAAAUGUCGUCAAUCUCAUUGAGAUUUGUCGAACUAAAGCAACACAAUACAACCGCUAUCGAUCUACAUUUUACCUCGUCUUUGAGUUCUGCGAGCACGACUUGGCUGGAUUAUUGUCCAAUGUGAAUGUCAAAUUCAGCCUGGGGGAGAUUAAGAAAGUUAUGCAGCAACUGUUGAAUGGACUCUACUGUAUUCAUAGUAAUAAAAUCCUCCACAGGGAUAUGAAAGCAGCGAAUGUUCUCAUCACUAAAAAUGGAAUUCUGAAGCUCGCUGAUUUUGGUCUUGCAAGAGCCUUCAGUGCAAGUAAAAAUGGCCAGGCCAAUAGGUACACCAACCGAGUCGUCACACUGUGGUACAGACCACCAGAGCUAUUGUUGGGCGACAGAAAUUAUGGGCCCCCUGUCGAUUUAUGGGGAGCUGGGUGCAUCAUGGCAGAAAUGUGGACGAGAUCUCCAAUAAUGCAAGGCAACACAGAGCAACAACAGCUGACCUUGAUAUCUCAGCUCUGUGGCUCGAUAACAACGGAAGUGUGGCCAGGAGUUCAGAACCUGGAUUUAUUCAAUAAGAUGGAACUCCCCAAGGGUCAGAAGCGCAAGGUAAAGGAGCGAUUGAAGCCCUACGUUAAGGACGCCUACGCCUGUGACCUUCUCGAUAAACUGCUCAUCCUGGACCCAAGCAAGAGAUACGACUCUGAUUCAGCGCUGAAUCAUGAUUUCUUCUGGACGGAUCCGAUGCCCUGUGACCUUAGCAAAAUGCUUGCCCAACACUCUCAGAGCAUGUUCGAGUAUCUUGCACCUCCCAGAAGGUCUCAGCACAUGCGACACGUUCAUCAAGCUGUUCCUGGGGGACCUGCCAAGCCCAGUACUAGCAUGACAGACAGUGGUUACCAGGAUCGUGUCUUCUAGAGAAUUUUUGGGGGAAUUUGGGGAUGGGGAUGAGAUGAACGGGUUUCGGAGGGGAAGAAAAUAUCGAGAAAUUCCUGCUGGUGGGAAUUUUAUUGCCUAAAAGUAAUAAUUCCCAGAUAUUUCUCUGUGAAGUCGAUCCUCUCUGAAGUUUUUAUGAAAUAAUCCCCAGAAUUAUCCGCCAUUUUCCCCAGACACACCACAAUUUUGAUGUUCAGAAUGAAAUGGCGUGGUUAAUCCAAAGUUAACGAAUUCGUCGGCCCGUGUAAUAUUUUUGUACUUUCAGAUGGAAAAAAUUGAGAAGAUGGACAAAAUAGAAUGUCUUCUUUGGUCGAUAAUUCAGACACCAGCGAGUGAAGUUGAACGAUUUUUUUUCCUGUCAAAGGCGCAAAAUAGAAGUUUAUAAUAAAGGAAACAUCGUCGAGGUUCACUGUACCGAUCUGAAGUUAUUGACGAUCGAAGAGGUUCCAUAUUGUCCCUCUUUCUUAAUUUGUCCGUAUCGAUAAGUGAUUGUAUAUUUCUCAAAUGUUUGUCUCAGAAAUACCUAUUAAUCUUUCGAUUAACCACGCGACAACCAUAAAAAUGUGAUAAAAACUAUAAAAAAAUGCAGUUAGGAAUUUAAUAAAAUAUCAAUCAAUGACGAAUUGAUUGAUUAGAUAAUUAAUUGCGGACGCACGAAGUAGGCUUGAAUGGCUGCUAGUUGACUCAUUCACAGACGAAUGAAAUGAUUCAUGUUCAAUGUGCGAUCCUGUAUUUGUAUUUAAUUUGUCAAAUGUGUGAUACACUUUUUUUUU